AUUGAUUUCUCGAGUGAUUUGAAAUGCGGCAACUGAAAUAUUAUUUAUUAAAUAAUUAAAUUAAACUUGAAAUGUUGCGACAGGAGAACUUGGCAGCCAACUUCUGCGGACUACUAGCCGCCCAGGGCUACAAAGAAAAGGCGAAUGAAUGGCGAAUGUUGGGCCAGGAACAGGAUGGCUCGCUGCUAACAACUUGGAUAUUUGAGCAGGACGAUAAGCGCGAGACUUGCAUUGGUCAUUUUCAUGCAACGAAGAAACAGCUGCGUGUGCUGUGGACACUGCCCGGCUGUGUGGAGAUCAUCCAGGCGAGCAUCAAUAGCAGCAUCACCUUGUUGUCCUAUGUGCUGAAGGCGGAGCAGCGCUACGAGGCAUUCGUUGUGGAGGUGCGCAGCAGCGAGGGGGGCACACCAACGCCCCUCAAUGCAGAACCCUCGCCACGGCAGAUAAUGACGCAGUUCCUCUGGCGCGUGGAGUGUGCAACGCGCACCUGCUGGCAGGAUAAACUACUGGUGCUCACCCAUGAGGAUUCCAUCAAGCAGUACAGCUGCACGGUCAAACAGAGCUCGAUCUCAUCACAGACGGGCAGUGUGGAGUGCAGCGCCUGGCAUCUGGACACCAGCAUAUUGACUCAUGAGACGCUGGCCAAGAACUUUAGCUGGGCCCAGUGGGAUGCCGAAUGUCAGGCAUUGUACUACAUACAUCUCAAGCCCAAGGCGGUGAGUCUCAGUCUGUUGGACGAACGAGAGCAGAUCGGCGAACAGAUGGCUCCAGUUCUGAGUCCAACACUCUCCGCAUUCCAGUUCAAUGAGAAGCAGCCAACGGAAACAGUUCUCAAUAUUCCGUUGAAUCUGCCAAAGCUGCCCACGCAUGCCUCGGAGGAGGCGCCUAGCUAUGAUGACGAUGUGGUCCCGUUGCGCGUCCAUGACAGCUCACUGAAUCUGAUCAUUCUGGCGGACAGUUCGGGCAUGUUCUUCGUGUGCCACUAUUAUCUCUACCAGCCCAUGCAGCCGCAGUUUGCGCAGGCGGCAACAGCGCGUCAGCAGCAGCAGGAUGUCCAUUUUGCCUACUCCGUUUCGCUGUUGCAUCACGGCUGUGUGGUGCACUGCGUCAUGCCCGGUGUGCCCUGGCAUAAGGCACGCCUCUUGCGUCCCACAUUUGCGCUGCAGGGCGCCCAUCAUCUGCUCGUCUCGUCGGCAUUCUUUGUGCAUCUGCUCGAUGUGGGACUGCAGCACGAACCCACCUGCCACAUUGUUUGCCCGGCUGUUAACAAUCGCAGUCCCGAUGUCAUCCAACUGGUGCCGUUGCGCAAAUGGGGCGCCUUGGCUUAUGAUGCGGCCACCUUGGAUCUGGUGUCGCUGAGCGUACCCAAGGCGCACCUGAUUGAGGCAUUCCGCAACGAUAACUCGCUGGAUAAUCGCAUCAGCAUCAUACACUAUUUCCUCAUCCAUUCCGGCGACAUGGACGUUCUUGCCGAGCUCUUGAGCAGCAUUCUCGAGCGUCCGCUCUCGCUGGACACGGUGGCGCUGCUGAGGGAGGCUCUCGUUGCCGGCAGCUAUGCGGCCGCUGUGCGUGGCUUGCCCGAAGAGGCGAAACCAUUGAUGCGCCUGCUGCCACUGACAACGGCAAUUGCCACGCGACCUAUUCAGGCCCGGGUCGCCGACAUCAGCGUGGGCAUCUCCCACGAGGCGCUGCAUAAUACGAGCAUGAUGCUGCUGUCGCCGCAGCAACGACUCUCGCCAUAUCGCACCGAUAUUUGGACACGGCUGUGGGAGCUGCUCAACGAGACCGGCAAGCAGGAGCAGCCACGCUUCGCCGCCGAACAAGUUACGGAGAAGCUCAUCUUCAGUCUGGCCUGCUAUCAGCCGGAGGCGUUGUCACGCAGCACCACGCCCAUGACACCCGAUGCGGGCAGCAGUGGCUUCGGCGACUACAGCAGCGUCAGCGCCUUUCCCUUCAGCAACGAGGUGCUGCCCUUCAUCGAGCUCGAGGGAUGCACGGCCAGCAAGCAGGAGCAUGUGCUAUCUGUGUAUCUGCGCGAGCUGAGCGUGCAUCUUGUGAAGCACUCGUCCAAGCCGCAUUCCGGUUUCCGCUGGCUGAAGGAGACCUUCUUUGAGCGUUCCCAGGCGCCGGCUCAUGUUCAUGCCGUGGCCUCCCAGUUCGUCUCCGCCCAGUUGGAAUUGUCGCGUGCUCUCUGCUCGCUGGUCUGUCGCGCCGCUGGCUUGGAUGCGCGCCUGGAAACGUUGCGUGGCUUCCAACUGAUUGAUCAGAUGUCCAGCAAUCAGCAGCAUUCGCUGUUUCUCAUAUUGGAGCGUUAUUGCCUGGCCGUGGAAUCGAUUGCUUUUCCCCUGCCCGAGGGAUUCUCGUCGUUCUUCACGUAUCUGGGCUAUCGUGCCCUGGACUAUGACAUGUUUCUGCAGUAUGUGGAGAAUCAUGUCUUCGAGCUGCAAGUUGAUGUUAUGAAGAGCAUUGUUUAUGAUAUUGAGGACUCGUCGCCGGGCAUCGAACGCAAAUUGUCGCUGCUGUCGGCUCUGCCCAAGCAGCGGGCUCAGCGCCUCCUCAAGUGCUGGCAGCAUCCCGAGAGCCUCAUGAUCCGUGGACGCGAGCAUGCGGCCAACAUUCUCUCGGGUCAGCACCAGGAGCCGCCACAGCGACGCGGCUCUGGCGGCGUCUCGCAAUCACGCAUGCACACCAGAAGCGAUCUGACGGCGGAAACCUUGUCGCCGCUGGACUCAUUUCUGGACUUGUUAACCGCCAAGGCGAGCCUAAACGAAUUGGACUACAACUUGUUAAUAGAGACAACGCUGAGUUCCAUGGACCAGCUAACAGUCAAGGAAUAAUUCAUUAAGCGUCUAACUGCUUAAUUUAUAUUUAAUGUUUAUGUGUUUAAGCCAAAGUUUUGUGUCAAAUGUGUAAACUUAAUCGAAACUGCAACCUGUCCAGUUAGUAUUCAUUAAUUAAAUACUAGUAUUUAUAAUGUCAUAAGUUCAGCCAUUACUGCAUUUGAGGUACUAUUAUUUAAUAGCUAUCACUUAAGUUACAGUAAUUUCAUUGAUAUUUUCAUUACAAAAGCAAUGCUAAUUUUAUCUACUUCUUACUCAUGCAAAUUUAUGCUUUAUUAUUCUCUGUUAUUAAAUUAAGGCCAAAGUGCAGCUAAUUGUAUUAUAUUUAUAUUUAAAUAAACACACAUACCUGCUUACGCAUUCAGAACAACA